CCUGGCCGUAGAAGCAAAGCGGAAAGAAAAUGGCGGCCGUGGCUGCGGAGCCAGGAGCUGUUGCGGUAUCAACAACAACAGCGGGGGACUGUGGUGAGCUCGAACCGGUGCCAGCUGUGCCGGGGGGCAAACUCGACUCCGAUGCAACGCAGCAGUACGCGCCAGUAAUAGACCUUGUUCACCAACUCAAGGAUGGGGAUGCAGUUCAGGAAUGCAGCCAGGUCCAAAUGGAGCUAGUGAGCAGGCCAGACCAAGAAGCCGCGGGAAAAGUCCUCGCUGCUUGUGCAUUGGAUGAACACAUCGAUACAGGAUGUCUCAUGGUCGGCUUAGAAAAUACCGAUAACCAUUCUCGCGGGGGCUAUGGUUCGAAAUACACAAUGUCGAGGGCAGAACGUUUGAAACAAUUUUUUUCGCCUAAUGUUGAUCCUGCAAACGAGCUCAGUAAGCACGAGCCCUACGCCUGCCAUCAGAAUAGCUCCAUCUCCGAUUCACAGCCAUCGGUGGUCUUUUUGCAUUCGUUCCCUGCGCAUCCUGUGACUACGGAGGCUGGGCUGUCGUUGGCAGAGCCAGCAGAGCCCAUAAUCAAUUACUAUCAAAACACAGAAUUAACCCAACCUACUAUUAUCGAGUGUGACUAUAGAGCUUUAAUUAAACCGUCCCAUGAGGCUGAACUGGAGCCCGAAUCAGCAGAUGAUGCUCUUUCUGGUACCGAGUACAAGGCCGAGUUUUUGGGAGAUGCCUCUCUUGAACAUCCCCAGUCCAUAGAACACGUCGACUCUCUGCCAGUUCUAGAGACGGAGACACACAUUGGAACACCCAUGGAGACUGGAUACAUUUAUGACUUUUCGAGCAUCACAAACCAGAACUCUGCGAGUCCCGAGCUUCCUGUAAUGGCAGUGGGUCAGGUUGACUCCUCGGCAGAACUUGGGGACUCGUGCUCACGACAGCGGAGUUUGGAAACGAACUUCCACGAGAGCGAGACCGUAUUGAAUCCCCCUCACCCCAUGACCGUUGCUGAUACUGAGGAGGUACAGUCCGAGUCAGUGGACAAUCUGAUACCUGGUUCUGAAGUUCGAGUAUCUCUGGAUCACAUCAUCGACGACGCACUGGUGGUGUCCUUUCGGUUAGGGGAGAAGAUCUUCUCUGGGGUUCUGAUGGACCUCUCUAAAAGGUUUGGACCCUAUGGAAUUCCAAUCACUGUGUUCCCAAAGAGAGAAUACAAGGAUAAACCUGAAUCUAUGCAGCUAAAGACAGAACCAUUCCAGCCAGAAAAGGUGGAAAUGCCAGUCCAGGAAAACCCUGACAGCCAAGUUGUCGCAAUCCCCGAACCAAACCCUGACCCCCAGCCUAAGCCUAACCCAUGGACUUCAAAACCUCCGCCACUGUUUCAGGAGGGAGCCCCUUACCCUCCGCCAUUGUUCAUCAGGGACACCUACAACCAGUCGUUACCUCAGCCACCCCCCCGCAAGAUCAAGCGGCCCAAGCGCAGGCUGUAUCGCGAGGAGCCCACCUCUAUCAUGAACGCCAUCAAGUUGCGGCCCCGCCAGGUGCUCUGUGACAAGUGCAAGGGGACUGUCAUGACCGUGGACAAGAGGGAGCCACGUAGAGGCCCUGUGUCGGACUCUAGGGGCGAGGACACCAAGCGGAGACGCAACGACAGUUCAGCUACUGUCAGCAAGCGGCCACGUAAUGACUCUCGCUCUGAGGAGAAGCGCCAUGCUGCUGAGGCGUCCAAACGGCAGGCCUCAGGGAUUCGAGUCUCCUCUUCCUCUUCUCUGGGCCAGGUGAAAGGCGGAGCUGGAGGGAACAGGGUUCUGAGGACAACAGCCACCACAACAACAUCACCGGUCAACAGCAGCUCCAGAGUCCAGCUCAAUGCCAAGAAAGUGCUACAGAGCAAAAAUGUUGAUCACUCCAAGGCAAGGGAGGUGCUGAAACUGGCCAAGGCGCAGAAGAGGCAGAGAGAGACUACAGUGGUCACUGGCAGCAGUGGCAACGCCAAGACGAUGACGAGGGCCGCUGCCCUGCAGGAGGCCCACGCCCACCAGAAGGUCCACUUCACCCGGCGGCUGCAGCAGAUCAGCGGGGUGGGACCAAGCAACGCCACCCCUCUGCCACCCAGGAUGCGCAUCAAGCCCCAAAGGUACCGUAAUGAAGAGAAUGACUCUUCUACAUGUAAGCCGCCUUGCCUCGAGAAAGUGCCGGGAAGUGGCCGUUUGUCCCCUCCAAAGCCAGGCGCGCCCCGCUGCACCUCCACGCGCUCCUCCUCCUCCUCCUGCUCCACAGGCGAGGCCACUGCUGCUGAAAACCAGGGUCUAGAUAAAGGGCCAGAACCUGAGCUCAGUCCUCAGACCCAAUCCCAGACCCAAGUGGAACCCCUCACAGCCACGGAGCACAGCGACCCCAAGGUGGAGCCAGAGGAGCAGGGGGGGCGGGAGGAGAGGCGGGAGACGCGCGGCAGCAAGGCUGGCAACCUUGUGGUGUACAUGACCCUUAACCCCAGCCAGCCUGACUCCUCUAAUACCUCCAUGUGCAGCGUUGAUAGUGCAGAUGACUUAAAGUCUUCAAACUCAGAGUGUAGCUCCACCGAGACCUUUGACUUUCCCCCUCCCGGUGAUUUGCACUCGCCCCCCGCACCCGGCACAUCCUCAGCAGUCACUGACCCCUCGCCAGCACCUACGGAAGAGAAAACCCCUCGUAAAUCUCAGAAAGUGUUUUCCAAAAAUGUGUCUAAGUGUGUCUCUCUGGACGGCAGGAGCAUUUGCGUAGGGGACAUCGUUUGGGCCAAAAUAUAUGGUUUUCCUUGGUGGCCAGCCCGCGUCUUAGGCAUCCAGAUCAGCCGCAAAGAUAAUGGGCUCUUAGUCAGGCAGGAGGCCCGUGUCGCCUGGUUCGGUUCACCCACCACCUCCUUCCUGGCACUUGCACAGGUCGCCCCCUUUCUAGAAAGCUUCCAGUCACGCUUCGACAAGAAGAGAAAGGGCUUGUACCGUAAAGCCAUCACAGAGGCAGCCAAGGCUGCCAAGCAGCUCACUCCUGAGGUUCGCGCCUUGCUUACGCAAUUCGAGACGUGAGGUGGUGUGCUUUGGGGAAAAGGAAAGUGCUACAACGCUGAAGGGCUGCUGAUGGGUCCUUUACACUGCCAGACGGAAGGACAUGUCCAGAAUUGGAGACGUCAUCGAUAUAAUUAUUUUUUAUUUAAGUAUCGGAAGAAGGAACAUUUAUAUAUUUAUAAUGAAUUGCAGACCUACUCCACCUCUGAGCCUGUCCAUCAUGCUGAAUACCAUUUGAUUUCUUUGAGCAGGCGUCCAUGUCCACAAGCAUGUGACCUUAGUUUGAGUGAGGACAUCUGCAGAGUAGACGAGCACUCUGACCAUUAUAGAUAUCUAUUACAUUUGUAUUACAUACAUGUUGACAGGACACAGGAUUUUGCAGGGUUUUUAGUAUGUUGAUCAGUGAUCUUGAAAUGCAAAGACAAAAAAAUGAAUAAAAACAAUACUAUGUAAAACAUUUAUAUUAAUGCAAUAAAGAUUGCAUGUGCUAUGCUAUUACAGUGCAUUUGCAGAAGGCUGUGCUUUGUUGUGUUGAAGCAGUCUUGAAAAAGAAUACUGGUGUCUCAAGCCCGUUUAUACCUGGUGUCCGAGAAGACGAUCAAACUUGACUAUCUAGAGGAAGUAAAAGUUGUAACAAGGUUUCCGUAGGUGAACCUGCGGAAGGAUCAUUCUGAUCCUGUCCACAGUCUGAUUGUGCCCACAUUUGAAGUGAAGUGAUUGUGAUCAGAUCUUCCUGACCACCCCAGGAGGUAGUCAGGGACACGUAUCUGGAUUAUCAAACAUUUUAAAUCGUCCCUCUUGACUCAAGGCAAUAGAUUUAUCAAUAUUUCUCCCCAAAUUCGUGGUAUCCAAUUAGUAGUUACAGUCUUGUUCCAUUGCUGCAACUCCCGUACAGAUUUGGAAGAGGCAAACCAGGAUCUCUAAUGGCACAGCUAGCACUGCGAUGCAGUGCCUUAGUCCACAGCGCCACUAGGGAGACCCAGCAAUAUUUGUGUUAACAUAAAAUAAAAAUUUGCAUUAAUAUGCUGAAUUAUACCUUUUUUGAGAAAGGUGAUUGGGAGGAUUAGAACCUGUGACCUUCUGGUCCCUUGCCACAUCCAUUGCACCAGCAGGGGGAUGGUACUAGCCCAGUCUUGUCACAUAUUUAAAGCUGUUCAGCCAGAAAGUUAGUAGAUUAGAAAUGUGAUAAGUUGAAAAUGUUGGUUAAAUUAUAAAAAAUAAGUUGUAACUGGGAUUCGAACUGGCAACCUUGCGGGUCGCAACCAAUGAUAUAUAUAUACACACACACGUACGUGUAUUUUUCUUAAUGUCAACAUUUGUUUAAUUCUAUUACAGACACCUUAAUGCAUACUUUCAAAUGAUAUGUGAGCUGAACAUACACAUUUUAAUUUUAAACAUUUAAAGUACGUAUGUCCCCACUACAACAACAAAAUACUUAAAUCAAUGUAAUUUUGUCCCUGAAAACAAUAAGUAAUUGAAAUACUGUAGAAUUACAUGAAUUCCUAUUGAGGAUUGCUUCUUCUGAGUUCCAAUAUGGCCGACCAGUGGAUUCUAAGCCUCUCAUCGACCAAUACAUAGCAUCAGCAAUCUAACGUUCAUAGACAUCAUUUGUUGCAACCCGCAUUUAACGCCCUCCAUCCUACCUCCCUAAAGGGCCUUUUUUUUCUGUUGCUCUCACCUGUAACUCCAACCACUGAUAUUCUAAGCUUUGCCCACUGAGCAUUAUGCCUAGAUUAAAACAGAUCAAGCGAUAGCUGACACCCGCAUAGCUGAUGGCGGUGUUGAAGGUGUAACUGCGUUGGAGCUGUCAAAUCGGUGAGCAGCUGCUCUUAAUCGUGGUCACGAAACCACACCCAUUUCACUUCACUCCCAUUUCACUCGCAUUAGAAGAACGAGAAACUAGGCUAUUUACAGUGCAUUCACAUUUUGUUAUGUGACAUCCUUAUUCUAAAAUUGAUUAAAUACAAAUAAAUCUCAAGCUACACACAAUAUCCCAUAAUGACAAAUCAAAAACAGGCCUUUUAGAUAUCUUAGCACAUUUAUUUACAUAAGUAUUCAGACCCAUUGAUCAUCCUUGAGAUGUUUCUACAACUUAAUUGGAGUCCACCGGUGGUAAAUUCAAUUAAUUGGACAUGAUUUGGAAAGGCACACACCUGUCUGUAUAAGGUCCCACAGUUGACAGUGCAUGUCAGAGCAAAAACAAAGCCAUGAGGUUGAAGGAAAUAAGCUGAGACAGGAUUGUGUCAAGGCACAGAUCUGGGGAAAGGUACCAAAAAAUGUCUUCACCAUUGAAGGGCCCCAAGAACUACGUGACCUCCAUCAUUCUUAAAUGGAAGAAGUUUGGAACCACCGAGACUCUUCCUAGAGCUGUCCGCCCGUUCCACACUGAGCAAUUGGGUUUGAAGGGCCUUGGUCAGGAGCUGACCAAGAACCCGAUGGCCACUCUGAAAGAGCUCCAGAGUUCCUCUGUGGAGGUAGGAGAACCUUCCAGGACAACUAUGUCUGCAGCCCUCCACCAAUCAGGCCUUUAUGGUAGAGUGGCCAGACGGAAGCCACUCCUCAGUAAAAGGCACAUGACAGCCCGUUUGAAGUUUGCCAAAAGGCACCUAAAGGACGCAGACCAUGAGAAACAAGAUUCUCUGGUCUGAUGAAACUCCCGAUCUAACAUCUCUGGAGAGACCUGAAAACAGCUGUGCAGCGACACUCCCCAUCCAUCCUGACAGAACUUGAGAGGAUCUGUAAAGAAGAAUGGGAAACUCCCCAAAUACAGGUGUGCCAAGCUUGUAGCGUCAUAGCCAUGAAGAUGAGGCUGUAAUUGCUGAUAAAGGUGCUUCAACAAAGUACUGAGUAAAGGGUCUGAAUACUUAAGUAAAUGUGAUGGCAAACAUUUCUAAAAACCUGUUUUUACUUUGUCAUUAUGGUGUAUUGUGUGAAGAUUGAUGAGAACAAUUUUAGAAUAAGGCUGUAACGAAAAAACAAAAAUGUGGAAAAAAGUCAAGGGGUCUGAAUACUUUCCAAUCACACUGUAGAAAUGACACUCAAAUUGAAAAUCAUUAAACAAAAUCAUGAGGAUUUCUAUCAGCCUUAUCAAGGUGUAGAUUACAUCUCACAGUCCAGUGUUAGAAUUUGUAAACAAGGCUGCAUGGGAUUUCUCUUAAUGUGACUCCAUUGCCAAUGGCAAUGUCCACUUUAAGUAUAAUGCUGGGAACAGCUUGUGGAUGUAACUCAGUUCCACCUCUUGACACCGUCAAAAGAUCAGCUAUGUGGAUGUAGGAGGAUCACCAUCAGUUAUUUUGAUCGUCUACACCGGUCUAAAAAUGUGGGCCCAAUCAGAAUGUGGACGAUAUCAGCACCAGGUAUAAACGGGGCUUCAGUCUGCCCCAACCUUAUACCAGCUCCUGUUGUCCCACAGUAAGCUACCCGCUGAGCUACAAGCAGCCUUAAAGAACAGGAGUUAGCUGAACAACUCCAAAUGUCUAGACUGUUCCUGGGGAGAUGCAGUACUUAGUGUGUAAUCUACAAUUGACUGGCAGAUACAGAAAAUCAAAGAUAUCAUGCUCCCCCAGUCCUGUAGGGCUCUAUUCAAUCAGCUUCACUGAAGCGUAAGAAAUGUUAAGGUAAUAUCCUUAUGAGCCGACAUUAUGCAGCGUUUAACGCGAAUGCAGUCUCCACUAACGCGGGAACAUUGCCUUUAAAUUUCGCUGAAGCCCCCUUCAUCCAGCAGAUUUUUUUGAUGACAUGACAUUUUAUGUGCAAAUUUAAGCGUACAUGUCAUUUUCCUUGCCAGAUGUCCCUAUUCAGUCACUCUCUAGGGUUAAAACCACAAUAUUCCUCCCUGACUUUCCUCCUCACUUCAAGACAAGCAGAGCCAGUUGACUGGACCGAUUGUGAGGUCACAGGCUGGAUUGGGGAUUCCCAAAGGGAAACAAACACAUGGUCAAGUCAGUCAGGAGCAGCUGAAGAGAGCCACAGUGACUGAAUCAGCUGUGGCUCAUCUCUCGCCAUCUCGUGUACAUGUAUGCGUUUUGAUACAAUCUAUUAAUGUCUUGACUUAACACACUGGUGGAUGUGGGAAAUCCUGUUUUGUAAUUACUGUAUAUCUCCUAAAAUCAGUAAAUCUGCUUUUUGCCUUUGUA